ACAAACUUAUGAAUAAUAUCGCAACAAAAAUCUGGUAUAGAAGUGACAAGUGAGCUUUGCAGUCUAUGUUAAAGGUAAGAAUAUAAUUUCUUUUGAGGAAGCUUAUCACCAUAAAAGCAUACUUAUGUACACUAAAUUAAAUUGAACUGAGGUGGUAAAAUGGUAAAAUCUCGGAACCCAGGGCCAGUCAAUGAAUCUGUAUAACAAGUGUUUGACUGCAUUAUUAAAACCUCAAAUAAAAAUGUUAAAAAAAAUUUGGCCGUCCUCGAUUACAACAAUUUACUGUAAAAUGAAAGGCGCAAGGGGGAAAAAAUGUUUACAGUAAAGAUCUUAAUUUUGUACAUAAUAAAUUACGUUUGCAGAGUAAAUUCAAUGUCAAUUUAUUAGUUUUCGCAAAAAAAUGGUUUACAAAAGAAAAUUUAACCUUAACUAUAUCGAUUAUUGUUCAUUAUUGCCGUCGUCGUCGUCGAUUUCGUUGAUGUAGAUUGUAGGUAAAGGAUUAGUACAGCUAUCACCAUUGCAUUCUAAGCAAGCUGCAGUGCAGUUUAAUCCACUUUUCCUGCACCCACAAGAUGCUCCACAUCCUGUUUUGCAUGCGCAAAAAAUAAUUUUUAGUAAAGAUUCUGGAGCUGGUCGCUGCGGCAUUGUCCCCCAUUCUUCUGGUGAUAUUUCUUUUCCGAACCAUGUUUGAACUUGUAAAUAUACUCUUUUGAAGUGUUCAAAAGCGGCAUCCGCAGUAGGUGGUAAAGACGGCAGUUUAACGCGGUUAUUUUUGGCAGUUGCUUUCAAAAAAGAGUUAUAUCUCAAUGCGUUAAGAUCUUUUAUUUUUUGGGGGGCGUUGUAUGAAGCAAGAGUGCAUGUAACACCAGCUUUGAAAAUUUUAUCGAUGUAUUUGCAUUCAUUUUUGAAAACCGUCGCAGCAUUUUGCAAGUCCGUUCGUUUUUCGAACUUUUUUGCAAACACGUUUUUGCCACGUUGAAAAAAAGCUGACGUAUUUCAUAUUGUUGUUUCUUAAAACAUACGAUUGUAUUAAAUCCAAAUUUACUGGGGAAUACAAUAUUAUCCUCAUAAUGGUUCAUUAACCUCAUUUUUAUCGUUUUAUCAUCAGGAAUAUGAUCAAUUCUCACAAUACUUUUUAAUUCUUCCAGUGAAAACUGGCAGUCAUCAUUUUCUUCAAUAUAUUUAAAAAUCUGCUCCAUUGCUGCAUCAACUUGUAUUGUGAUCGGAUGAAUUUUUUUAUCCCUCUGGGUCUAUUUUACGGUAGUUUUCAAUCGCAUAUAACAAUCCGCGUGAUACUUAGCGUCCUGAGCUACUAGAUCUAACACACCUACAAUUCUUUUAUGGAUAUUGCGACAAUGUUCGCUUUUCUCUUCGCUUAUCAAAUUUAAAAUAGUUUGCUUGAACUCAGAGGUAGUUACGUAGCUGAUUUGCUGUCUUACCGAUUUGGACUUUCUUCUUUCCUUCAUUUCAUCCGCUUCUUUUUCACAUAAAAAACACUUAUUUUUCCAAUCAAAAUCAGUAGAAGUAGCCGUUCGCAGUUUUUUUUAUGGGUGGAGAGCAUGUUGAUGUGGUGUUCUUUUUUUUUAAAUAAGCAUUAAUACAUCCUUUAUUGAUAUAUUUUUGUCUGCAUACUGAAUGCACGUAGACAAACACAAAAAGUAGAAAAUUAAAUAUAUUGGAAGCCAUGGAGAUAAACAAAAUGAGACAUUCAAAUGUACUGCUUAACGAUCAAUUAGAUGUAAGUACCUCUCCUUUAUUGAAUUUAAAUUCUCACAACAUUAAUUAGGGUUUUAUGGUCAUUUUUCGAUAUACAUAGUAGCAGGUAGUUUGUAAAUAUUACAUUUGAAUAAGACACGGUGUUGUCGAAACAAUUGUCACGUAAAAAUAAAAAAUUCGUGAAAAUCUGAACUUUUGGUUCUUAUUUAUUUUUACAUUAAAUUACGUGCAAAAAAAAGAAAGCGUCUCGAAUGUUGUGGUUAUUUGAACUCGAUGCGCUCUGUCAUAUUAAUUGCAUUUUUUUUUGUUGAUCUAAUAUUACAACUUAUUAAAUGGGUGUUAAAUUUUGCGAGACAUGAAAACAGGUUCGGUGGCGUUAAUAGAACGGAGAUAUUAUCGAAAUGCAAAUCUCAUCGUCAAGAUUUAUUGUCAAAGUUGCCAUUCGUUUCCAGUUUGCGCGAUAUCCUCUUUCGUCGAAAACAAUGACGGUGAAUCGUAAUCGUGCUGAAUCUGAAAGCUCGGUUUCGCGAAAAAAAAAAUACCGAUUGCCACACGAGACGAGAAGACGCCUGCUUUUUAUUUCGCCAAAGGUCGCGUGCAUCCAAAGUAAACAGCGGGUCGUGUGAAAGUUUCGAUUCUGUUAGGAAAAAAAACGCCAUUUUAGUCCGGUCGAGUGCGUUUCCGAUGUACCUUGGGCUAUAGCAGUCAUUGGAGAGAACUAAAAUCGUCUCUUUGAGACAUCUUCGAGGAAUGAAUAAUGAAAGGCUCCAAACCGACAAGUAAAAAAAACUGUUACUUCUAAGGCUGAAAAAUGCAGUCAAGAUUUAAGAAGAUAAAAAUAAACUAUUGGAAAAUAAAUUGUAGUAUUUCUCUAAAGGCAAAAAAAAGCCUGGAAGUCUGCGGUUAAAUGUUGGUUUCAUGGAAAUCACAACACGUCGCAUUACACGUUCUUGUUUAGUGAAAUUUACGUUAGAAACAAAAUAAAUCAUUACGCGGUGAAGAAAUCGAUAGUACAACAGAAAAAAAAAACUUUCAUGAUGCAUAUAGAACGGAAAAUAACCUAUCUGUCAGUUGUCAAAAGUCAACUGCGUCACGACUAUCGAUGCUCCGUGACUGUUACAAAUAUGUCAAAAACGAAGAACGCUCUAUGCUUUUUGGGAAUUGUGUUAAUUCAUCAAGAAAUUUCUCAGAUUUUGCUGUGUAUUCGAGUGAACAGCGAGUGAAAGGCAAUUCGAUCAGGAGUUAUAUUUUGCGACCCGCACGCAAAGUUGAAUUGUUGAAACUUUUUCGGUAACGACAGCGUGGGAACGUGCGUCGAGAUAAUCUAGUCGUCGUUGCAAAUCGAAAAUGUGAUUAGAGAAGACCAUAUAGCUAAUGAUAAAAACUGAUUCGCUCCAGGCGGCUAUGACAUUUGCGUGUGCAACAUGCAUACCCAUGGAAUUUUGCGCCAUUUUCUUUCUAAAUUGCAACGCAUUUAACUCGUUUUCUCCACGAACAUUUAAUGGGAUUUGAGUAUGCCUGAAAAAAUUCCACUUGUUUUUCUUCUUCUUUUUUAGCGUUUUCCACUUUUGAACAUAAACCCCUUCAAGUUCCUUCUUCUGUUAUCAUCCGUCCAUCUCAUUGGUGGCCUUCCACUGGGUCUUCGAAACCAGGACUGAUUUGUUAGGGCUUUGUGCACUAAUUCUUAUCUUUUUAAGGGAUAUUCCCAGCAUUGUCCUUUCCAUUGCAUGUUGCGUGACUGUUAGAAUGUUCAUGUCCUUCUAAAAACUUUAGUUCUUAGAUGUAGUUGAAUUUGUUGGUUCUUCUGUAUAUAGCUUAGUUUUCCAAAGGCUGCCCAAGCUAGUGUUCUUUUUAUUUCUUCCGAAGAACGGUUUUUUGGCCUAGAUAUAUUAUUAUUAUUACGUUAUUAGCUAUUAGCUAGGCCACAUCCAAACUGAAAACUGUCGAAUUUACUGUCAACGGCCAUGUUGGCUGUCAUACGCCGCUAGAUCUUAUUCGUCUAUUAUUAUUUUUGCAAAGGCCCGAAAUAUCGGCAAACAAAUAUUUUCGUAAUUUUUGCACAAUCUAGCCUUUUCAAUUAGCUACACGCUCGGCUGAGCGCGGUGAUUCGGCGCAAAACAACAUUUCGGCGUAAAUAUGAAGGACGCCCGUGUAAAAUAAUAUAAUUAAAUUAUUAUUACUAUGUAUUUGAAGCUCAUCCUACCGGAUCUGUAUAGUUAUGGUUGCAUCAUUUGCGUUUUUUUCACUGCCUUAUUAACGUUCGAUUUUUCGAUUGGUGAAAAUUAUACCCCUGGCAGUUAAGACAUCGGUUUUGGUUGUUAUUUUUUGGUGAAAUAUUGAUUCAGGCAGCGAAUGAAAUAUUAAAAAAAAAUGGGAAUAUUUCAACAAUAAAAAUUAAUCGAAACCGAAAUCUUAUCAAAAUCCUGCAAUCUAACCCGCGCAAAGUCGAACCAGUCCUGUAUGGGUCUCAUUAAAAAAUAAGUUCGCAACUGUUGCUCAGAUUUUACUAGGCAACUGUUGCAUCUAUUUAGGUUGAAGGUAUAAUCACGCAAACUCGACACAUAUUUUUGCCGAUUAAGGCAACAUUGGAAGGUAAUUUUUAAAACUGUUUAGAUUAGUAAACCGCAUGAUUAUUGUUAGUAAUGCUACUAAGACAAGCGGGUGUUCUACAAAUGAACCGAAUAAAGUUUUCUUAUUUGCAGUUCAUGAUCCUUUUCCUUUCCUAGCCUUAAAGAAACAAUACGAAAGUCGUAUGUAUUUCUCCUAUGACGUAUAUGCCAAUAUAUCAAAAAACGACGUCGCCGCCGCCUACAUCGUAGCCCCGCAUAAAUAAUAAAUGAUAUUUCGAUAAAAAUUUUCAACGAAAAGAAAAAAAAGGCACUUCUAAAGUGGGCAACGCAAAACAGACAUCAUUUGUUCUGGCAGACGUGUAACUGUUUCAGGCUGAUGCGAAAUGGCUCCUCAAAAAGGUCGGACGGUUUGGGCCGCUCUUCUUCUGUGCCUUUCGGCGUUUUCCGGGACAGCCCGCGGGGUUUACAACGUAGGAGUCGGCAGGGCCGAUAUGACUGGACCGUCGGCUGAGAUCACAUUGAUGGGUUACGCCAAAUCCACCCAAAAGGGAUGCGGGAUCAUUACGAGGCAGUACUCGCGGGCGUACAUCUUCGAUGACGGUACCACCCGAGUACUGUACGUCACCAUCGACACCGGCAUGAUCGGGAUCGGCGUGAAAAAUUUGGUACUCGAACAGCUGCGAACGUUGUAUGGUGACACUUACACGCAGCAGAAUUUCAUCCUCAGCGGUACCCAUACUCACAACGGCCCCGGCGGCUUCCUGAUGGACGUCCUAUACGACAUAUCCAUUUUCGGUACCUGCAAGGACACUGUGGACGCGUAUGUGGACGGGAUCGUAGAGUCUGUGAAAAGGGCCCACGAAAACGUCGUAGAGGCUCGUAUUUACGUCAACAAGGGCGAAGUCCUCGACGCGAAUAUAAAUAGGAGUCCUACGUCGUACCUAGCGAACCCCGAAGACGAAAGGAACCAGUACGAACACGACACGGACAAGACGCUGGUGCAGUUAAGGAUAGAUAGAGCCUCCGACGGCGUCUCUAUCGCGGCUAUAAACUGGUACGCCGUACAUCCGGUAUCGCUCAACAACACGAAUUGUUUGGUCUCGUCAGACAACGUCGGAUACGCGUCCAUUCUUCUAGAGAACGACAUGGACCCGAAGUCUUUACCCGGAGAAAGCAGUUUCGUCGGCGCUUUCGCUUCGACGAACUUGGGGGACGUGUCGCCGAACACCAACGGUCCGAGAUGCAUCAACACGGGCGAACCUUGCGAUAAGGAGUCGAGCAGCUGCGGUGGCGAAAACAAAUAUUGCAUAGCGUUCGGCCCGGGCAAGGAUAUGUACGAAAGCGCCGAGAUUAUAGCGACCAAGUUGUUCGACAAAGCGAAGGUACUUUUGGCGAACGAAUCAUCCCACGAGCUUACUGGCCCGGUGGGAUUUAUCCAUCAGUUCGUCUCGAUGCGAGAUGAAUCCGUCACCGUUCAGGAUCCGACUAAUGGAAGUUCGAUCGAGGUCAAAGGAUGUUAUCCGGCGAUGGGUUACAGUUUCGCCGCCGGCACCAUCGACGGCCCAGGAGAGUUCGAUUUUAAACAGGGAACCACAUCGGACAACCCGUUCUGGAAUCUCGUCAGGGACUUUAUCUUCCCGCCGACCACGGAAGACAUCGAUUGUCACUACCCUAAACCGAUACUCAUGGGCACCGGCAGGAUGAGUUUUCCCUACGAGUGGCAACCGCACGUAGUAGCCACCCAGAUAAUCAGAGUGGGUGACUUCGCCCUGGUGGCGGUACCGGGAGAGUUCACGACGAUGUCGGGUAGACGGCUGAGGAAAGCCGUCAAGGAGGUGCUGGUCGACAACGGAGCACCGGAUAGUACCGAAGUCGUUCUCGCCGGCCUCAGCAACACCUACACCAGCUACAUAGCGACCUUCGAAGAGUACCAGCUUCAACGGUACGAGGCUGCAGCGACGAUUUUCGGACCUCACACGCUCAGCAUCUACAUCAAAGUGUACUCGACUCUCGCGGAGGCCCUGAUGAAGGGAACCCAGGUAGAGGAGGGGCCCCCGCCACCGGACGUGACCGGCCAAACUCUGUCACUGAUUACACCGGUGAUAUUCGACAGCGCCGGGUUUACCCACAACUUUGGCGACGUUCUCCAGCAACCGCCCGAAUCGGCUAAAAUAGGAGACGUCGUAUCCGCGAUAUUCGUAUCGGGGCAUCCCAGAAACGAUGUGAUGCACGGGAAGACAUUUUUAACCGUAGAACAGCAAACCGCCAAUAAUAGUUGGAAAGUAAUUGCAAAUGACGCGAGCUGGGAAACCAGAUUUAUUUGGACCAGAACCGGCAGUGUUACGGGGACCAGCACGGCGGAAAUUCGCUGGGAAAUCCGGGACCACGUGCAGCCGGGCGUAUACAGGAUCGGCCAUUUUGGAAACUACAAGUCGCUGUGGGGCGGCAUCGGGUCCUACAAUGGAACCAGCAACAGUUUCGUGGUCGAGGCCUAGUGUGAUUUUUGCAGCUUAUAACACGACUGACAUACACUUGCCAAAAUAGCCAAAAAAAUUCUAAAAACUUAAU